AUGGCCGACAGCAAGGCAAAAGCCUCUAAGGCUGCCAACAAGACACCCCCCAAAUCCCCAGGGGACCCUGCAAAGGACAAAGCAGCCAAGAGGCUGUCACUGGAGUCAGAAGGUGCCAACGAGGGGGCGGCCGCCUCGGCUCAGGAGCUCAGCGCCCUGGAGGAGGCCUUCCGGCGGUUUGCGGUGCAUGGGGACACCAGAGCCACCGGGAAGGAGAUGCACGGCAAGAACUGGUCGAAACUGUGCAAGGACUGCCAGGUGAUCGACGGGAAGAACGUGACUGUCACCGACGUGGACAUCGUCUUCAGCAAAAUCAAGGGCAAAUCCUGUCGGACCAUCACGUUCGAGCAGUUCAAGGAGGCGCUGGAGGAGCUCUCCAAGAAGAAGUUCAAGGACAAGAGCAGCGAGGAGGCCGUAAGGGAGGUGCACAGGCUCAUUGAGGGCAAGGCCCCCAUCAUCUCCGGAGUGACGAAAGCCAUCUCCUCGCCCACUGUGUCGCGGCUCACGGACACCACCAAGUUCACCGGCUCCCACAAGGAGCGCUUCGACCCAUCAGGCAGGGGCAAGGGCAAGGCCGGCCGCGUGGACCUGGUGGACGAGUCGGGCUACGUGCCAGGCUACAAGCACGCAGGCACCUACGACCAGAAGGUGCAGGGGGGCAAGUAG